AUGAGUGUGAAUGAUUCUCAAAUUGGUAAAAUGUUUGCUUCCAUACGUCAAAAAAAUGCACAAAAAUUAAAUGAAACUGUUUCCGAUUAUGAUCCUCCUGCAAAAAAAAUAAAAAUCGACAAUGAUGAACCAAAUGUUUCAGAAAAUGAAAUUAACAAUGAUAAUACAGAUAAAGAAAAAGAAAAUAAAAAAAUUAAAGAUAAAUCUAAAAAAAUAUCAAUUAAUUUUGACUUCAGUUCAAGGUGUAAAGUUUGUAGGCAAGAUUUGGAUGAUCCUGAAUUACGAAUGUUUCAAGCUCUUCCUAAUGAUGCCCUCGAAGAAGAAGUUGCUUUAUUCGAUCCUAAAUUAUCAUUGUUUAAUGGAACUGAAGAGGAUGUUUCAUUUGAAGAUACUAGACCCUCGAAUAAAUUAACUCAUUUUAGUGUGUUUGACGAAUAUGGACAUUUAUGUUUUUUCGAUUCUGGUUUAAUAGAAAAAAAUGCAUUAUUAUAUGUAUCUGGUUACAUUAAACCUAUUUACGAUGAAAAUUCAUCUCCUGAAGAUGGAGUUCCCGCUCACAAAUUGGGACCCCUUAGUGAAUGGUGGAUAACAGGAUUUGAUGGAGGAGAAAAUGGAUUAUUGGGAAUUUCAACACCUUACUGCGAUUAUUACCUAAUGGAGCCAAGUCCUGAAUAUGAACCUUACAUGAAACUUGCUAGACAGAAAUCAUUACUCAGUAAAACAGUUAUCGAGUUUUUGUAUGAUUCACCUAAUCCUACAUAUGAAGAAUUGCUAAAUAGAUUACAGGCUGUUAAUGUUCCCAAGACUAUGGCUCAAUUCGAUGAAGAUACAUUAAUGAGAAAUGCUCAAUUUUUAAUUGAUCAAGUCACAAAUAUGGAUACAGCAGCUAAAAAAGAUAGUUCUGCAGAUGAUGAUGAUCAAUUACUUAUAACUACUCCGGCUAUGAGAACUAUCAUCAGACUUUCAGGGGCUACACUUGGAAAAAAGGCUACAAAGAGAAUGAUGGCAGCAAAAAAAAGAGAAAGACCCAAAUGGACCAAGGCUACUACAACAUGUUUAGUUGCAGAAGUUUUCGAAUCGUUUUUUCCUAAACAAUUAGAUAACGACGAAGAAGAAAGUAAAAUGAGGACGGAACGUCGAAGACGAUGCAAUGUAUGUGAAGCAUGCCAACAACCAGAUUGUGGUGAAUGCGUUUUCUGUCGUGACAUGAUUAAAUUCGGAGGAUCAGGAAGAGGAAAACAAGCUUGUAAAAAUAGAAGGUGUCCCUACAUCGCUCUCGAAGAAGCCGAAGAAUCAGAUCCUGAAGAUGAAGAAGUUUAUCAGGCUAAAUCUGAAAAAUUAGAAAAAAAAAUCCAAUCUAUUGAUAUAUCAUUGAUAUCCACAAGAAGAAAUCCAUACACUUGGGAUGGAAUUUCUCAAACAGCUGUCGUAAAUGGCGAAACUAUUUCCGCCGGUGAUUUUAUUUUUGCUUUUGAAGAAAUGGCGUCCUCGCCUAUGCACAUAGCAAGAGUUGAAUUUUUCUUUAAAAGAAAUUUUUGCGAUAAAGUUCACUGUCAAAAAUUAUGCAGAGGUUCUGAAACUGUUUUGGGAGAAAUGAGUCAUCCUCAAGAAUUAUUUAUGAUAUACGAAUGCGUAGAUUGGCCAAUUCAUAAAAUAGCAAUGAAAAUAAAUGUCAAAAUUCAAAAACCACCGAGUAAUUGGUUCGAAUUGGGAGGAGUAAAUGAAGAAAAGGAAGAUUUAAAUGAUGAUGGAAAAACAUUUUUUGUAAAAAAAAGUUACUUUUCCAAUUAUGCAAGAUUUGAAAAUUUGAUAGAAUUUGAAAAAGGAGACAACAAUAUUGAAAAUCAAAAACCUGACACGAAAUUAUUUUGCGGAAUUUGUAAAUGGUCGGAAAGGGAAAAAAAUAAAAAUAUUCCGACGACUCGAAGUUUGAUAGAAGAUAAAAAUUCAAAUCAGAAAAAGUAUCGUUUUGUGGAUUGGCGUGGUGAAGUCUAUUCUAUCGGUUCUUGCGUUUUUCUACAUCCCGAAACAUUUAAAUUUAAAAUUCAACCGGUGGAAAAGGAAAAAUUAAAAUCUAAAACAGAUGUUGAUGAUGGAAUGUAUCCAGAAUUUUAUCGUAAAACGACGGAAAAUAUAAAAGGAUGCAAUGAAAAAACUCCAGGACCUUUUAAUAUAGGUUACAUAAGGGAAAUAUAUACGGAAACGUUUAAAGGCGAAGAUGUAAUUAAGCUUAAAGUAAAUAAAUUUUAUCGUCCGGAAAAUACUCAUCUAAAUAAAACGAGAAAAGAUCUUUUUUACGAUUUAAAUCUUUUAUAUUGGUCGACCGAAGAGGAAAAAAUUUCGUUUACCGACGUCGAAGGAAAAUGUUACGUACGAUAUUUGGAAGAUGAUAAUAAAGAUAAUUGGUUAAAAAAUGGUCCCAAUAGAUUUUAUUUUCAAGAAUCAUACGAUUCGGAAUCGGAAAAUUUUACCGAACCAAAAUCAUAUUUUUCCAUAACUGGAAAAUCUAAUAAGGGAAAAGGAAAGGGUAAAUUAAAAAAAACUGAACAAAUUUCAUCGAAAUUAGAUGAAGAAAACAUGGAGGAUAUUAUUUGGCCGGAAAUAAGUGAUAAAUUAAGAACUCUAGACGUUUUUGCCGGAUGUGGAGGUUUAUCCGAGGGAUUACAUCAAAGUGGAGUUUCCAAAACUCUUUGGGCAAUUGAACAAGAUUCGGAUGCUGCUUCCGCUUUUAAACAAAAUAAUCCGAACGCUACGGUUUUCACAGAAGAUUGUAAUACUCUAUUGAAAGAAGUCAUGUCUGGAAAAUUAAAAAAUGAUAAGGGUCAAUGUUUACCGCAAAAGGGUGAAGUGGAUUUAAUAUGCGGGGGACCACCGUGUCAGGGAUUUAGCGGAAUGAAUCGAUUUAAUUCUCGUCAAUAUUCUCAAUUUAAGAAUUCUUUGGUCGUGUCUUUUCUAUCCUAUUGUGAUUAUUUUCGUCCGAAAUAUUUCAUAUUGGAAAACGUGAGAAAUUUUGUUGCAUUUAAAAGAUCAAUGGUACUCAAACAAACACUCUAUUGUUUAAUAUCAAUGGGUUAUCAAUGUACUUUCGGAGUACUUCAAGCCGGUAAUUAUGGUAUACCACAAACGAGGAGAAGGUUGUUUAUUUUGGCAGCAGCUCCCAAUUUAAAACUUCCUUUAUUUCCGGAACCGACUCACGUAUUUAGUUUAAGAGCGAGUAAUCUUCAAGUCACCGUCGACGACAAAAGAUUUACGACUAAUUGUAAAUGGAGCACUUCUGCACCUUUAAGAACUAUAACCGUUCGCGAUGCUUUAUCGGAUUUACCGGAAAUUCCAAACGGUGCCGAUCGUGUCGUUAUGAAUUAUAAUGAAGAUUGUAAAACACAUUUUCAAAGACUGAUAAGGGGAAAUCAAAGUCAACCUAUUUUGAGAGAUCAUACAUGUAAAUACAUGAGUCCAUUGGUAGAAGCAAGAAUUCGUCAUAUACCUACGACGAAAGGAUCAGAUUGGAGAGAUUUGCCAAAUAUUUCAAUGACCCUUUCGGACGGAACGACGAUUAAACAAUUAAAAUACAUGCAUCACGAUCGUAAAAAUGGAAAAUCACCUCAAGGAUACCUGAGAGGAGUUUGUGCCUGCGCUUCGGGAAGAAGAUGUGACCCAUUAGAUCGUCAAUAUAAUACUUUAAUCCCUUGGUGUUUACCACACACGGCAAAUCGUCACAAUCAUUGGUCCGGCUUGUACGGAAGAUUAGAAUGGGACGGUUAUUUUAGCACGACGGUAACCAAUCCAGAACCUAUGGGAAAACAGGGAAGAGUUCUUCACCCGGAACAAACUAGAGUCGUCAGCGUGAGAGAAUGUGCAAGAUCUCAAGGAUUUCCAGAUUCGUUUCAAUUUUAUGGACCGAUUAUAGAAAAACAUAGACAAGUGGGUAAUGCAGUACCUCCUCCAAUGGCUCGAGCUAUAGGCUUAGAAAUAAGAAAAAGCAUUAUUAAUUGA